AUGAAUCAAUUAUUGUCAAAAUCUUUUAAACCAUUAGUUGUGGCAGGUGUGGCAGUUAUUGGAAUUUCAGCAUUUUCAGGUAAUAGAGCAUAUGAUGAAUAUAGAAAAGAAAGAGAAAGUAUAUCAAAAAAGAUGAUCAAUGAUUUAAAUGAAAAUAAAAUUACAAUGUUUGAUUAUUUUCAAGAAUGUAAAACACUUGGACGUGAUGAACAAUUAAGUAAAUUAAAUAAAUUAUCAAAAGUUUAUAAUAAGCAGAAAUUGAAUGAACAAGAGAAUCAAGAAGAAUUGAUAGAUUUAGAUUUGAUUGUAAUUGGUGGUGGUGCAACUGGUACAGGUGUUGCAUUGGAUGCACAAUCACGUGGUAUGAAAGUUGCACUCUUUGAAAAGUAUGAUUUUUCAAGUGGUACAAGUUCGAAAUCUACAAAAUUGGUUCAUGGAGGUAUUAGAUAUUUAGAGAGUGCAAUUAUGAAAUUAAAACCAUCAGAAUUGACAUUAGUGAAAGAAGCAUUACGUGAGCGAUCCAAUCUAUUGAAUAACGCACCACAUUUAUCACGUCAAUUGCCAAUUGUAAUUCCAGCCUACUCAAUAUUUGAUGCAUCAAAGUUUUGGAUAGGUUGUAAACUAUAUGAUUUCUUUUAUCCAUUUAAUGAUAUCCCAAAAUCAUAUCUUCAAACAAGUGCACAAACCUAUAAGGAAUUCCCAUUCCUACGUGAAGGUUUAGUGUCAUCUGUUGUCUAUUACGAUGGUCAACAUAAUGAUUCACGUAUGAAUGUUUCACUUGCAUUAACUGCAGCACAACAAGGUGCAUUAACUUUAAAUUAUACAGAAGUUGUAGAAUUAAUUAAGGAUGAUAAAAUCAAUAAUAACAAUAAGCAACAACAACUUAAAGGUGUUGUUAUUAGAGAUAGAUUAACAGGUAAAAAAUAUUCAGUACCUGCAAAAUGUGUUGUAAAUGCAACUGGUCCAUAUUGUGAUUCAAUUAGAAAUUUGGAUGAUCCACGUGCUGAUCCAAUUAUAACAGCAAGUUCAGGUGUUCAUAUUAUGUUACCUGGUAAUUUAAUACCAUCAGAUAAAGGUUUCUUAAAUCCAAAGACAAAGGAUGGUCGUGUAUUAUUCAUUCUCCCAUUCGAAGGUAAAACUUUAGUUGGUACCACCGAUGAUCCAUCACCAAUCAUUGAAAAUCCUCAACCAUUAGAAAAAGAUGUCGAAUUCAUUCUUGAUUCAAUUAAAGAGUAUAGUAAUCCAAAUGUGAAAUUGGAUAAAUCUCAAGUUUUAGCUUGUUGGUCUGGUAUUAGACCAUUGGUUAGUGAUGAACCAGCAGCUCAAGGUGAUAAUAAAAAAUCAACAUCUCAAGUAACUCGUAGUCAUUCACUUCGUAUGUCUGAAUCUGGUUUAAUCACAAUCGUUGGUGGUAAAUGGACAACUUAUCGUUCAAUGGCUGAAGCAACUGUAAAUCUCGUCUGUUCAAAACAUGACAUUUUCACACCAAAAGGUUGUAUAACUAAAAAUCUUCCAUUAAUUGGUGGUGAAAAAUAUUAUAAUACUUUAAAUCAAUAUUUAAUUAAAAACUUUAAUUUACCAGAAGAUAUUGCAGAACAUUUAGCACAUAGUUAUGGAGAUCAAGCACCAUUUGUUGCAAAAUUAGCAAAUGAAAAUGGUUCAAAUAAAAGAUUAGUUGAAGGUUAUCCAUAUAUUGAAGCUGAAGUUACCUAUGGUGUUAAAAAAGAGUAUGCUUGUACCGCUGAAGAUAUUAUUGGCAGAAGAACAAGAUUAUCAUUCUUGGAUCAUGAUAAAGCUGAAAUUGCACUUCCAAAAAUUAUUAAUAUUAUGGCACCAUUAUUAAAAUGGAGUAAUGAAAGAAAAAAAGAAGAAUUGAAAAAUUCUCAAAACUAUUUAAAAACUAUGACUUCCAAAUAA